AACUCACAUAAUGGAGGCUGCAGCUUCAGUUCAAACAAGCGCACCUUCCCAAUCUCACUCCUCUGCAGCAGAGCAUGAGAGAAAACUCAAGCAGUCAUGGGAUGACAUGGUCGAAAAAAGCUUAGGAAACUUCGGGUGGAUGGAGUUUCUUCAAGCCGUGCUCGUCGCUGUUGCUAUGUUCUUCGACGCACAGCAAUCUUUUAUCAGCAUCUACACAGAUAACUACCCAACAUGGCACUGCACUAACACAAACACAAACAACACCACCACAACAUGCUCCUCUGCUUCUGACAUUUGCAAAAUUCCAAGAUCUUCUUGGUCAUGGGACUCACACCCUUCCAUGACCAUUAUUUCCCACUGGGGGCUUGAAUGUGCAAGCACCUUCAUCACUGGUUUACCCCAAUCUGCUUUUUUCAUUGGUUGCCUUCUCGGUUCAUCUGUUCUUGCAGCUUUAGCUGAUUCCUCUUUAGGAAGAAAAAACAUGCUUGUUUUCUCUUGUGUGUCCAUGUCAAUCACCUCACUCCUCAUCAUUUUCUCCCCCAACAUCUGGGUCUACUCUGCCUUGAAAUUCCUAAUCGGUUUCUGGCGUUCCUCCAUUGGAACCUGUGUCCUGGUUCUCCUCACAGAAAAUGUGAGCGCAGAGUGGAGGUUCAGGGUGGGGAUUGUGGAGUAUUUCACCUUCGCAAUGGGGUACAUGUCCUUACCAGGCAUAGCCUAUGUCAACAGAAGCCGCUCAUGGAGAUCUCUGUACCUCUGCACUUCAGCCCCUGCUCUGUUUUACCCUGUUCUAGCUUACCUCUUCGUUACAGAAUCACCCAGAUGGCUUCUCAUGCAGGGUAGAGUCAAAGAAGCCAUGAAAAUCCUCAAAGGGGUCACCUUAUCAGAACACAACGCUAAUUUCAUAGAAACCUUGAAACCCAAAAAAAAGGUUUCAAUUUUUCAACUCUACUCUUCAAUAGGUGAACUUUUCAAGAAACGCUGGGCUCUGACAAGAAUGGUGGCGGUGAUGGUGCUAGGGAUCGGUGUCGGCAUGGUGUAUUUCGGGAUGCCAUUAGCGGUGGGGAACUUGGGUUUCAACAUUUACUUGGCUGUGGUGUUCAAUGGAUUGAUGGAGUUCCCUUCUUUCAUAGUCGUCUAUUUCUUGGAAAACUGCAGGAGAAAGCCAUCAAUUCUUGUUUUCUAUUUUUUGGGUGGGAUUUGCUGUUUGAUGUGCGUUUUUGUUGGUGAUGAAUCACAGGUUGCAAAAGUAGGGCUAGCAAUGGCGUCAUUUUUUUUUGCUUGCACCGCUUACAGUGUUUUCCUCAUAUACAUUAUUGAGCUGUUCCCCACAUGUGUGAGGAACACCACAACCUCUUUGGUGAGGCAAGCAGUUACAUUUGGGUGCAUUUUCAUCCCUUUUCUGAUAUCUGUUGGGAGGAAAAACAAUCUUUUUUCUUAUGGGGUGUUUGGGAUUGUUAUAAUUCUAUCCAAUUUAACUUUGUUUGGGUUGCCUGAGACCAUGGGGAUUGUGCUCUGUGAUACCAUGGAUGAGCAGGAGAAAAAGGAAACACUCAGAGACGAAACAGGCAAUUUGUGAUGCCUUUUAGUAGUGCUCGAUCAUUUGAUGUACCUUGUCUCAUAAGUUUGCCUAAUGUUAAUUUUAUUUUUAUUUUUGAAAUUCCUAAUGUUAAUUGUACCAAUCAUCUCAC